UGUUUCUCUGGCUGAGCCUUCAAAAGGCAGAGAACGUACGUUCUCUGUGUAAAGUUUUUCAAAACAAAUAAUAAUAAGUAGACUGAAGAAAAUAGUGACGGCAUCUGUAGAAAACUUUAAGUUUCUCAGUUUAAAUUUCUUUACGAGUAAGUAAUUACAAGUUUAGCAAUACCCAAAUAUGUUUUUACGCAAAAAAUCGGAGACGAAUAAAAGAAGAACUCAAGAUUUAUCACAGUUUGGCCUAACGGAAAUUCCAGAUGACUUCGAUCCAGCGGGCGGUUAUGUGGAUAUGGAUGAUAAUGAUAGUGAUUUGGAAAAUGAAUUAGCUGAAAUUACAAAUGGAACGAGUAAAAUUCACAAACCCAAAAUUAAACGAGGACAGACUAAUGAUCUUGAUAAAAUGGUCGCUGAAAGUAUGAGAGACAUUGACAGCGAGGAUGAAAAUGACGCAGAUUUGGAAAACGACUCCGAACUUCUAAGUGAAUUGAAUAACAUUUCAGAAUUGGAGGAAAGUGUUGAUUUAGUUACAGUAAAUCAACUCCCAGAUACUACAGUUAGUGCUCCCAAUGGAGAGCAAGAUACUUUCUUGCCUACAACCAACUCAGAUAUAUUUCAGCUUAUUCAGCAGCGUAUCCUUAUGUAUAAAUUAGCUGAAACGAGUGCUAAAGAGGCAGGAGAAAGUGCAAAGGUGCGAAGAUUUGGUAGAGCACUUAAAACUUUAUUGGAGCUACAACAAGCAGUCAAUAAGGGUAAAGAAGUUAAAUUAGAGGAUAUUCCACCAGAGGUCAAUGUUAAGCCGCUGACUCAAAAGGAUGACGACUCGACAAACAGGGAGCCUUCACGAUCUGCUCCACCUCCGCCAUUUAUUAAAUCUGAUAUAGGAGAAGAUUCAAUUUCUCCUCCAGAAAUGCCUUUAAAUGAAAAAUCAGAUAAAACCAUAAGCUUGAAUAAAAUGAGAGAGCGGCAACACCAAUAUAAAACUGCCGCUCUCCAAGCAAAACGAAAUGGGGACACGAGUCUGGCAAUUCAGUAUCUCAAAGUCGUUAAAAAGUUUGAUAUGGUCAUAAAAAUGUCAGAAGACGGCCAGGAGGUAGAUUUGAGUGAUAUGCCUCCGUCACCAGAUCAGUUUUUGGACUUCUUAUCCAAAUUGCAAAAAAAUACUGAAGAAGACAAUAAGGACCUUCCUACGCUACGUGAACCAUGUGAAAACUCUGACAAUAUUGGUAUCAAAGAUAUCAGUAGAGUGUCGCUUACUAUGGAAGAAGCUCUUCAACAACGGUUAGACAAGUAUAAAUCGGUACAAGAAUUGGCAAAUGCAGAAGGGAAUUCUAGCAAAACUCGAAGAUUUGGGCGCAUUGUGAAACAAUAUGAAGACGCGAUUAAAUUAUAUAAAGCUGGUAAACCGGUAGCGUAUGAAGAAUUGCCCGUUCCACCAGGAUUUAGUCCGUUGCCUUCCGAACAUGCCUCCGCAAUUAAUUCCGAUGAUCCGGUGGAUACUGUAGUACCUAAACAUUCGGAAGCACCAAACGGUAAAACCAAUUCAAAUACAGGCUCUUCGGAGAAAACACCAACAUCACUUACUGCCCAAACAUCGCCGCAAAAGCAUGAUCUAACUACCCGAACAUCAGGGAAUCAGCAAAAAAAUAAUUUAGCUGAGCAGCAGAUGAAAAUUCUUCUUGAACGACAAGCUGAAUUUAAAAUUGCUGCAAUAGAGGCAAAGAAAGAAGGAGAAAUUGACCAGGCUAAGGAAUACCUGAAGAUAUACAAAGGAUUUGAUGCUUUGUUAAAUGCGGCUAGUAGCGGUUUGCCAGUAGAUCUUACUUCGUUGCCACUACCACCAUCUCAACGUGACAAUCUGGAAGCAUCAUUUGCUAUUGUUAGUACAGAAGAAUGUGACCCAGACAAUGAAUUAUCUGAUAUUGGUAUACGAAUUGAGGAGCAAUUAGCGAAACAAUUAAUGAUGUGCAAAAAUACUAGGGAUCAUCAUAAAGCCAUGGGAGAUGUGGCCGGUAUGAAUCGUUUUGAAAACUUGGCACUGACCGUGCAGAAAGAUUUGGACUUAGUGCGUUAUUCGAAGCAUAAGAACCUCAGUUUACCCAAAUUUCACUAUGAGAAGCGAAGUUUUAAUAUUGUGCACUGCAACACAGACCUUUCCGAUAACGAAUUGGAAAUCAUUGUUGUGCGUGGUCUGAACUAUAAUGUACCUAACCCAAAGGAUGUAGAUACUUAUGUCAAAAUUGAAUUUCCUUUGGUGAAUGAUGAGACAUUUAAAGCCAAAACCUCGAUAAUUAAAAAUAAUGACAGUCCAGACUAUGAUCAACAUUUCCAGAUUGAAAUCAAUCGCGGAAACCGACAGUUCCAACGUAUAUUUAAGAGACAUCAUGUAAAAUUUGAAGUAUACUCUCGCGGCAUAGAUUGUCGUGGACUAAGUCGUAUACUGCCUAUGUGUUGUUUCAGAGGCUUUCUGCGCUCAGAUAUACUCAUAGGAACGGUUAAUGUGAAAUUACAGCCCAUCGAAACGAAAUGUGAUAUACACGAUACUUUCAAUUUAAUGGAUGGCCGAAAAGCGGUUGGUGGUAAAUUGGAAGUUAAAUUACGCGUCCGAAACCCUAUUCUCACAAAACAAGUGGAGCAUAUUGAAGAGAAAUGGUUGGUAGUGGAUUCUUAGUUGGUCGGCCCUAUGUAUGUUAUAGAAUAAAUAUUAUUAAAUGUGUUAUUUAUUUUCACUUCUCCUUUAUUAUUGAAUAUUAAAUGGUAAAUCUUGUA